AUGAGUCACGUCACCCACCUAUUUAAAUGUAUACUCAAAGCUAGCCUUCUGGCUCCCGCCGGCCUCCGCGCCGGGCGGAAGACGCCUUGCCUGUGUCUUUGGGUGCGCCAGAGCCGAGCGAGAUUCCACGACGUUAGCGGCCAUGCUUCCGCCCAGGCACCAGCAAGUAACGUCUCAUGGUUGCCGCAUGGAAGCCCUUUGUCGAGUGCAGGUGUGCCAGAACACGAAAACCAGGACAGAUCGAUAUACGUGAACGAGGUCUGUAUGCAGACUGACCAGCUGCUCGCACGAUGUGAGGACCACGAAGACUUGCUCGUGUUGCUGGUGACCCACAGAGGUGUCAUGUACCUCCACAACUUGGUAACUGCGAUCAGGAUGCUGCAGGGGUUCGCAGAACGUGACCGCAUAGAGAGGACGCAACCAGACGCAGAUGACCUGUUUGCAGGCUACAAAGAAGUUUUUAGCAGCAACGCAUAUUCGGCGGAUUCACAUGGCGAUGAUGGGCCCGCGCUGAUGAAUGUGAGCGAGGGUGCUGCGACACCGACCGAUGACGCUUACCGGCAAAAUGAAGUUAAUGACUCCAACGAAAUAACAUAUACAAUGCAACCAAAUCAGGAGAAUCGCGAUAAUGCGCAAGUGGCAAUACGCGGAACGCUUCAAUACGAUCCGGAAGCAUUAACGGAAACCCAGCGCGGCAUAGUGAAGAAGGCCACCGAGGAUAUUCUCACGCACUUCACGAACCCGGCCAACAGGCACUACCUCAGCUGCAGACAGCACAGCAGGCCGGUGGCUGAGGUCAUAGUGAGGGACGAAAGGUACGACCUGCUGCUUCACGACCUCUAUGAAAACCGCAACAAGCUCGACGUGGAGUCGGCAUGCCAUAUCAUCAUAGCGCUGGACGCGCUCGAGCACAGGUAUUUCCGGCUCUAUAACGGGAUACUGAGGCACAUCAUGCGACUGCCGCUGCACCGUCUGGAGUACGAUGUCGCGCACACAACCGGCAAGCUGUUGUUGAAGGCGUGUCAGUGCUACGUCAGGGCAGGAUUCUACGAUACGCCGCUAUAUUCGAAGGUAUGCAGGGAGAUAUACAAACUGCCGAUGGAGCACACCGACGGGCAUGCCAGUGCCGAAAUGGUUAUGGAUACCCUAAGGAUCUUUGCCAAAGUCGACGUGUACGACCACGCGGUGUUCUCGCGGGCAGCUACGCUGCUGCCGCGGCUACCGCUUACCGUCAACGACCUCAGCCACGUUGCAGUGGCAUACGCGGCGCACCACAACUACAGCAAAAUGCACGACGAGGUGCUGGUCUGGAUAGCCAAGCAGAUACAGGAGCGGCACAACGAAUUUGGCACGCUGGAGCUGGCAAGGUGCGUGCACGCAUUUGCCUCCAUGCGGCUAUACUUCGCCCCGGCGUACAACUGCCUCUCCCAGCGACUCAUAGACGAACUCGAAACUGCCACACAUGUGUAUACCAAGACGCAGCUGACAAUACCCCAAAUGGCCAUUGUGGCAUACCAUGGUGCAAAUUUCGCCCAGCACGCACAAGAAACUCAGGCGCUCGUGCGCAGCCUGAUGACGUACCUCGAGGAGCACAUCGAUGCUUUGGACGAGAAGUCGGCAAUCAUGCUGGCCUUCGCAUCAUGUGCCACCAAUGCCCAUGAGACCAACCCUUAUGUGCUGUCAUUCCUGCUGCGGAAGAUAGGGAGCGGGACGGUGUGGGAGGAAUACAAGUACCGCGUUUUCGCGAUAUGGCUCUACCAGGUCGUCAGGUUUCCCGAGCUAACGGUGAACAUCCCGAAGAGAUGUAUCACUGCGGGUAUGCGGGAAUGGCUGCUGAGGCAUGGAAAUGGCACGCAAUUUGGAGCUGAAAUCCAGGAGAUGGUGCAUAUACUGCAGAACGAUCUAGGGCCGAUUUACAUGACCACGCAGCUUAAGAACGUAACACCACAGUCGACUAAACGUAGGGCUUCUAACCAAGCUCCUGUUGUAGAUGCGGCAUACUCAGAUGCCAUUGAAGCAAUAUCGGCCCUUGAAAUCAGUCUCGAUGGGGGGACGUUGAAAAUCGUUGUCAACGAGACCAGUUGCCGCAACGACCCUUCGAAGCCGAUAGGCGUCGACCUGCUUAUCCACAACCUCCUGAAGGGAUAUGGAGUGCAGGUGCACUCCGUAAACUUCCAGCAUUGGCGUUCGAUGACCCAUGAGCUAAAGAAGUCCUACCUUCAGGAUACGCUUAACGACUACUUGGCCGUGCCUCAAUAA